GAUGCUUUCCUAGUUUUCUUGCGUAUUAAACUGGUAAUAGCAGCAGUACGAGCCAUUCAUGCAGGCAGGAUUUGCAGACUAGCUUGCAGGCCACAUGUGUACAUCUCACGCCAGCUUCUCUGACCUCACCAUUUCCCAAGAGCUACUUGUCCACCUCUCACGCUAUAAACAAUGUAACGGUAUCCUAAACUACUCAUACCCUUACACAAAUCAGGGGCCAGACAUACCAUUUGGCCAUCAGCCUGAUAGCUAUCCUCCUUGCCAGGGCAAGCAGCAGGAGGAGAUCCGGAGGCGAGAGAUGGAGGACCUGCAGCCCGCGGCAGUUGUCCGCGUCCCGCGGCGGGCGAUGCUGUUCCGGUUGCCACGGAGGCCGCUGGCAAGGGCGUCUGGGGCGGCGCCGCCGGUGCCGGCGGGGGGAAAGAAGAGGAAGAUGGCGGUGGCGAGGCUCGGCGGCAAGAGGAGGCUGUUCGGCGCUAUCCGGCGGCUACGGAUGCGGUGGCUGGCGGUGCUGUACCGGCGCACUCUGCGGCGGAUGCGGGCCUACUACGCCACGGCGAUCAAUGACCUCCUCGAGGGCGCCGCGGUCAUCAGCUCCCUCCGCGGGCCGGCCGGCGCCGACUGCUCCUUCGGCACCGCGUUCGCGCCGGUGGUCACCGUCGGGUUCUGAGCUUCCAACGGAUGCAAGCGGAGCGCAAAGUGUUCUGCUGUAACGGUGGUGGCUUUGCUUGUAUAGACGCUACUCCAAUCUCUCUCUCUCUCUCUCUCUCUCUCUCUCUCUCUCUCUCUCUCUCUCUCUCUCUCUCUCUCUCUCUCUCUCUCUCUCAUUUUCUUUUGCUCUCUUCGUCUUCCUCCUCGACCUGUUGUGUUCUUUGCUAGCAAUCUAGCAAGUCAAUUCGUGUCUACCUGUACUUUAUAAUAUGGCUACUUUCCCUGAUCUCAUUGUAAGAAUCAGAUUAUAGAGAAGCAAAGAAUCAGAACACUUCGUUUAUGA